AUGGCCGAUAGCAGGGCGUCAACCAUGACCAUGAACGCCAUCAAAGUCCCCGACCACACCACCAUUCACACACCUCCCAAAUCCACGCCCAUCCCUCCCGCCUCUGAAACCUCCUACUAUCCCCCAACGUCCGGUCUCCUCUCCCACGUCCCACCCUCUUGGAUCCCAUACGGCGAACUAAUGCGCAUUACCAAAACAACUGGGAUCUGGGUAAUCUACCUCCCCCAUCUGUUUGGCACCCUAUACGUCGCCGCCUCAGGAACAACACACACCUCCGCCACCUCCAUCCUCCACACCAACCUGACCCUCUUCAUCUACGCAUUCGUCCUCCGCUCCGCAGGCUGUGCCUGGAACGACAUCCAAGACGUCGAGUUCGACCGGCAAGUCCGCCGGUGUCGAAAUCGGCCGAUGGCCAGAGGCGCGCUGACGAUGAGGCAAGGGUAUUUGUUCACUGGCGCGUUGACGUUGGUGUGCGGGAUGAUACUCCUGGCACUGCCGGCGUUGUGUUGCGUGGUUGCGGUGCCGAGUUGGGGUCUGGCGGUGGCGUAUCCGUUUGCGAAGCGCGUUACGGACUUUCCGCAGGUUGUUUUGGGGGUGCAGGUUGCGAUUGGAGUGGGCAUGGGUAUGGCUGCUGUUGAUGCCAAUGCGCUGUAUGAGGCGAGGUAUGCUAGAGAGGCGGUGGUGGCUUUUUUCAUGGCAAAUGUGGUGUGGACGUUGGUGUAUGACUUUGUGUAUGCGCAGAUGGAUUUGGAGGAUGAUGUGAAGGCGGGAGUGCGGAGUAUGGCUGUAAGGUUCCAGGAUCGGCCGAAAGUGCUGCUGUCUGUGAUGGUGUUUGCUUUGAUUUCGCUGCUUGGUUUGACAGGCUAUUGGCAGGGCUUUGGCAUUGCGUAUUACGGCGUUGCGUGCGGAGGAAUACUGGCCUCUAUGCUUUGGAUGCUUGUCACUAUCGAUUUACGGUCGCAGGCAGAUUGCAGAUGGUGGUUCACUGAAUGCACCCGGCUGGUUGGCUGGAGUAUUUCUAGUGGACUUGCACUUGAUGCCUUUUUGUAA